CCUUGAACGAGAUGGCCGCAUGAACUGAGAGCUCCGCACAAGUAAUUUCCAGUUCUUAAUCUUACCUCCACUUCAAGUUAAAACCCCAUUAGCUUUAGUUAAAAAGUCAUGGCGGCUACAAAAGGUGAAAUUACAUGUGACAUUUUUACCCGGACUCGGAGAAAUAGCCGUGGAAAAAGCCUCCAAGAAACAGCUACCUUCAGAAAAAGCUAGCACCAUUAGCCAGGGGCAAGAGGACCCAUCCCUUCCCAAGGCCAAACAACUGCCAACCGCCCUCUGUUGAAGACAUCCUUUCUGUGCUGAGAUCCCAACGUACAGAACUCAACAUCAAACGAGAUGGCAUUAACUCUCAGCUCAGUGCGAUAGGGGGCAAGGUGACAACCCAGGAAAAUGCCUUGCCUGACAUCAACAACAAGAUAACCAUCAACACGGGGCGCCUGGAUGAGGCAGAGGGGCGAAUCCUAUUCAUGGAAAACUCACUGGCAGAAGCCAUGGAAACAAUAGCAUCUGCUAAAAAGAAAAUAGAGCAUCUGGAAGAGAAAACAGAGGACCUGGAAAAUAUGGGGCGAAGGAAUAAUUGUGUUUUAUUAAACCUGGCUGAAAAAGAAGAUGGAAACAUGCCACUGAACCACUACCUGCAAGAUAAACUUCGUAGUGGCUCCGCCUGUCCACCGACAAGCCCAUAAAACUCGAGAGAGCUCACCGAGCACAAUCACCAUACGUUUCCUGAGAUUCACCAAAAAGGAACGAGGCAGCAAAAAUCAACACCAUUACAGUGGGAAAGCCAAACUCAUUUACACCAGGACCUGUCAGCUGGAAUACGCCGAAAGCGCUGAGAGUUUGACAAGGUUAAGAAACACUCCAUUGACCGAGGCAUCAUUAGGGGAUUCAAAUACCAAAACGAGCUCAGGAUUCUUCACCAAGGAGCCCUGAGACACUUCAAAACUCCCGAAGAGGCAAAACGUUUUUUGAAGGACAGUCCUGCCAACUGAGAAAUGGACCAAUGACUAAAAGCGAUUACUGUUAUUACUAAUGGAGAUCAAGUAAACACACAGAAGACCCCUGUCCUGCUGGCUUCACUGGAUGCUGAGAAGGCGUUCGACAGGAUGGAGUGGAGCUUUCUGUUCUCAGUCUUAGAAAAGUUCAAUAUGGACCCAAACUGAAUCCAGUAGUACGUUAGAAUGCUUUCCCUGGGACACUUGCCCGAUUUGUGGCAGCUGCUCCUAGUGGCCAAAUUCUCAAACAGGGAAGGGGACGACACUCAGAACCUGGGACUGUAUUUCAGUCAGUAAAUGACAGACGAGGGAGUAAAUAAGGGCAUAAGCGAGGGAACAACUUUCUCGAAAUAAAUGCAGCUCUAGCAGAGCCUGAGAAGGUCAACCUAAAGAGGUGAGAAGCAGAAAAGACCAUAACAAACAGUUAUAAACUCCCACACACACUCACACACCUAGGCAUGGUCCGUCCAGCCCAGUGUUUUCCAGCUCCUGGUAGUAGCCAGGGGGAUGACUGGUGACAUAGCGACAGUGACCACCCUGGCUGGAGCUUCUGUCCCACAGUGUGCUUUCUCCCUGGGUUCCUGCACUGUCAGGCCCAAUUAGCAUAAUCCCCCCUACUGUCCUUAAGUCUGCUAAGAGUGGGGAGUCAGCCAGCAACAGGUGGCUGAGAAGGGUCCGCUCUAGUACAAUGGCCAUGCUCAGACAGGUGCUCACUCACACACAUACAGCACAUACACCUCUCUCUCUCUCUCUCUCUCACACACACACACACACACACACACACACUACCCAGCCUUCUCAUUCUUACUCUCCCUCUCUUUAUACAAUCUAACUGAUAGCAUGACCUUGCAAUAGUUGAGGUUUGAUUUGUGGAGUUAUGGAUCCCUCCUCAACCAGUCAGGACAGCCAGUCUUGAGGUGCAUCUUAUGAACUAGCCUUGUCUGGAGUACAGUACAGCAACCCUGUCUGUUGUUGUCAGCGUGCCAGAGGGAAAGCUAGGAGGCCCCUUUUCUCUACCGUCCAUCUGCCCCCUCCCUGGAGCAGGCAGGCAGGGUGGACAUAGCAGAGCUGAGGGAGAGCCUGGAGCCUGGCCCUGCCUGGUGGAAGUAGAGGGACGUAGGGAGAACUGUGGUGAGGGAGACCCAAAAAAAGCCACACCUGGCCGGGCAUACGGAGUUAGCAGACCUCUACAUGCAGGAGCAUGGGGGCAUCUUAUUCAAAGAAAAAGGCGUACAACAUCAACCAACAGCAGCAGCGUGUGAAAAACGGAAAGCACCGGAAUGGCACAGCAUCGGCCUAUGCGAACCUACAGUGGGAGCAGCAGCCCAGGCAGGAUGGGAGCCACCCACCUCAGGACUACCCUCAAAGGGACCAGCCCCCAGUGGCUGGCUACAUCCCCCAGCCCAAUUACAUGGAGGAAGAUCAUGAUCUCAUCAAGCCCAAAAAGCUCCUUAAUCCAGUGAAAGCCUCCAAAAGCCACCAGGACCUCCAACGAGAGCUGCUAAUGAGCCAGAAAAGGACUGGUGUUGUUGGUGUGGAGUCUAAGCCGGAGCUGCAGCGCGUGUUAGAGGCCAGGAAGAGGGAAAAAAUGAUAAAGCAGAGGAAGGAAGAUGAGGCCAGAAAGAAGAUCUCUCCUCUGGAACAAGAGCUCCUCAAGAGGAAGGAUAAGCUAGAAGAGUUGGAGAAGGAGCAGGAAAAACAAGAGGAGACCGUGAAAGCCCCAGAGUUUGUCAAGGUCAAGGAGAACUUGAGACGUACGUCCUUUCACAGUAAUGGAGAGAAAGAGGUGUAGAGACUAACCGGUCCAGGUAUACAAUUUAGUUGGAAUCUGCUGGAGUUUGCACACAUGUGUGUAUUAUACGUGUGAAUGGACAAAGAACUGCUGUGAUGUGUUGUUCUGACUGCACAACUCAGACAACAGCAAGGAACUUCUACCUGUUACAAGGACUGGCCGACAAGCCAUGACACAAUGCCUUCACUAUCCUACUCAGAGCAGAGACAAAGAGAGAGAGAGACAGCGAAGGAAGGUUGACUCUGCAUUGGGCUACUGUUACAGUCAGUAACAUAGGCCAAACUAUAGCUGUGACAUCUCAAUCCAGAGUAACUGGCAUGAGUGUGAGGGUCAAAGAGGGGAGCAGCUAUUCACUAGUGGACAUAGUGUUCCGUAUUGCAAUGACUCUAGAAAUAAAGCCAAGAUGGGUGUUCUUCUACAGUGUGUCACAGCAGUGGUUACUUUUCAUUUUAAGCUGUGUAUAUCCAAGAGUCAUUCUCUAGGAUACAGUAUAAGAAGCACACUGUACCUGCACAUACAAUCAAUAUAGAUUGUUAACAGGAAACAAUCCAAUUAACUUAAUGGCACAUUCAUAAUCUUCUCAUGCAAUUUAAGGUCACGUAUCUCAAUGUGAAAUCUCUCACAGAGAAAGUUCCUAUCCCUAACAGUGCCUUCCUAGUUGCAUGUCAUCCUAAUAAAAAAGUUCAAAACAAGAAAAGCUAUCAUUAUGAAACGGUAUACUAUCAAUCAUUUAAUGUCACCUGGGCAUCAUAUAGAGUACAGUAUAUAGGUGAAUGUGAGUGUUGGUGUGAUGUUGAAGAGACACAAGAGGCACAGAUAUUUAUAUUACCUCCAACCCCAUCUCACCUUUUUUUUUCGUAACAUUUACAUAUUUUGAAAAGUGAUAUUUAUGUUUUGUGCUAAAGGUGUGAGACAAGGUAGAUAUUCUCACAUUUGUAAUUCUAUCACAGCUCUUUUUAAAUAGUAUUAUGUAGCGAUACACAAUUAAAUGCAAUCAAUUGAAUAAUUUUAUUUAAAUAAGGCACUUUAGAAAAUAAAAUUAUGUAUCUGAAUAUGUAUUUCAGUGAUGAAUUAUGAAUUAGUCAUUUUUUAAAUACUGUCUUUUUAAAAUCCAAUGAUUAAGUUUGAAUUUGUUUUUAUCCUGAUUGCGUAUAUUUGUAUGUUUGUUUUUUGCACCACAUAUUGUUCUCUGCCUUUACUGACUCCUGAAGCCACUUACAAUGUUUAAUGGUAUAAAACUGUACAUGUUAUAAACAUGAAGACAUUACUACUCAUUUAUUUUUCAGUCUCUUCAUUGCAUAAAAGUAUGACUAUUAAUGUAUGAUUAUUUCAAUAGCACAAUGAUUGUUAUGAAUAACAAUAAAACAUCAAAUUACUACAUAUCUGAGAAGGGAGGUACAAAGAGCGUAAGUAAGAUUGCUUUUCUUUCUAAGAAAAUAAAUAAAGGACUAACACUGCA